AAGUGUGUUUGGCUCGAGUGAGCAGGGAGUCCACCGGUGUCCACCCUUGGCAGGUGCACCCGGAAGGGGCAGGGACGUAAUAAGGCGGGAAUUGUAGAUCGCCAUGGCAUACGGCCCUUUGGCACAAUGUGCAUUUAUGUCGGGGCCUUCACCCUUCAAGAAGAAGGCACCUCCAGGGGAAGAGAAGAAACAAUUCAAGGAUUUGCUACCUCCGUGGAAACCUCCUGAUAGAUGUGAAGCCCCGCCACCUGGCUCCUUUAUGUUGUACUGCUUCGACAUGGAAGAGGCAAAGGAUCCCAAUGCGACCAGUCGAUCUUUGCCACUCGAUGAGAUGUCCCAUGUGACUUUCGGUUCAUCUCAAGAGGUUGAUGGCAUGGUCUACGAUGGAAACAAGGGUGUGCGCCCCGAGCAUGCAGCCAUUUACUAUAUGAAGAGCAGAUGGUUCCUGAAGGCGGUGAACGGCCCGGUGACCAUUGAAAGCAUGACAUUGCAUCAGCUCAAGGAUUCGGAUGGCAAACCACCAAAGCGCUACACCUCAGCGAGCACCAAGAAGAUGGAGACCAUUGAGCCCAUGGAUGCAAAGAAGAAGCUUACCAGGGAGUUUUGCGUGUUUCGGUUGGGCGAUUCUGAUCGGCGCUUUUGGAUUGGAGGUCCUUUGCCACUUGGAGAUGGAGAGACGGAAGAAGCAGGGGGGACUGAGGGAAGGAAGAAAGAGCGGAAAGAGAGAGGUGAUCGAGCGGAAAGAGACAAAGACCACAAGGAUCACAAGGAGCACAGGGAUCAUAAAGAUCACAAAGACCACAAGGAUCGUGACAGGAAGGAGGACCGAGACCACCGAUCCCGCACUCGCAGCCGCAGCCGAAAGCGAAGACGCUAAAGGGCUUGGAGACUGUGCAGUGUAGUGGAAUGCUUGGCUAUGAA